GGCACAGCCUCGGGUGCUCGCGCGAGGGUCCGAGGCCCGCGCUCUGCCUUCUGUUCAUCUGCAGCCGUCUACAUUUUUCUCCUUCCUCCCCCCCCCCCUUGCAGUUUUGAACAUUUUGCAAGACUGAGUGGUUGGAGGCAGGUGAGAGCAUCCUGCACAGGGCCGGAGGAGCCCGCGGCGCUGGGUGCGCUUUCCCGGGACUGUCAGCACUGAGAACCCGAAAGUUUUUUUAUUUUGAUAUUUGUAUGCUGAUGUAUUUAUAAGGACAGAAGUGAUUUUUUCCCCCUUUCUUAUCUGCACUGCUUUGAGAGCAAGUACUUUUGGUUGGCAAAAGACGGAGGAAAAAGCUCAUCAACAUUUCGGGGUGGCGAUUGGCCUUCUUUUUAAAAGAUAAUUGAGUGCACCACGAUGGAGAAAAUGUCCCGACAGCUCCCUCUGAACCCUACCUUUAUCCCGCCUCCCUACGGCGUGCUCAGGUCCCUGCUGGAGAACCCGCUGAAGCUCCCCCUUCAUCCUGAAGACGCAUUUAGCAAAGAGAAAGAGAAAGGAAAGAAGCUGGAUGAUGAGAGUAACAGCCCGACAGUCCCCCAGUCGGCCUUCCUGGGGCCCACCUUAUGGGACAAAACCCUUCCGUAUGAUGGCGACACUUUCCAGCUGGAAUACAUGGACCUGGAGGAGUUCCUGUCGGAAAAUGGCAUCCCCCCCAGCCCGUCGCAGCACGACCACAGCCCUCACCCCCCUGGCUUGCAACCCGCUUCCUCCACCGCUCCCUCCGUCAUGGACCUCAGCAGCCGGGCCUCUGCACCCCUCCACCCUGGCAUCCCAUCUCCAAACUGUAUGCAGAGCCCCAUCAGACCAGGCCAGCUGUUGCCAGCAAACCGCAAUACACCAAGCCCCAUUGACCCUGACACCAUCCAGGUCCCAGUCGGGUAUGAACCGGACCCGGCAGACCUUGCCCUCUCCAGCAUCCCGGGGCAGGAAAUGUUCGAUCCUCGCAAACGCAAGUUCUCUGAAGAAGAACUGAAGCCACAGCCCAUGAUUAAGAAAGCUCGCAAAGUCUUCAUUCCCGAUGAUUUGAAGCAGGAUGACAAGUACUGGGCGAGGCGCAGAAAGAACAAUAUGGCGGCCAAGCGCUCCCGUGAUGCCCGGCGGCUGAAGGAGAACCAGAUCGCAAUCCGGGCCUCGUUCCUGGAGAAGGAGAACUCGGCCCUCCGCCAGGAGGUGGCUGAUUUAAGGAAGGAGCUGGGCAAAUGCAAGAACAUACUUGCCAAGUACGAGGCCAGGCACGGGCCCCUGUAGGAUGGCAUUCUUGUGGGCUGGCUUUUGAGUAGAUGGACAGCUUGUUUCCUGUCUGGUAGCACCACACCCAAACCAAUCUUUCUGACAUCAGCACUUUACCAGAGGCAUAAACGCAACUGACUCAUUUUGGUGUGCGUCUGUGUGCGUGCGUGCGUGCGUGCGUGCGUGUGUGUGUGUGUG